AUGGAAGGGAACCAGUCUAAUAUAAAAACCAACGGGUACGAUUUACCGGUCUUCGGAUUGGACAAUGGGCAGUUUUUGAUUAUUCACAUACCCGCACUCUUCUGCAUUUUUAUGAGCUUGAUUUGUGCCUUAACAGUUCUGAUUCUCUCUUUCAAGAAAAGAAACAUAAAGUCAUUUUUCUCCUGGUCAAAAAGUGAGCGUUUCGUGGUGUACAUGGCCAUUUGUGAUGGUACCUUUAAUGUUGCCCAUAGCUUUGAUCAUUUGCACAUUGUUAUUUCCCAGAACCACGUGUAUCCCAGAGAGCUAUGCGAGUUUUACGCAUUUAUGUUGGUCGAGUUUAUUACCGCACAAAAUUUAAUGGUGAAUAUCGUUGCCAUCAAUGCAUUUGUGUUGAUUUAUUUCAACAAGAAUAUCAACUUUGGAAAAUACGACUGGAAGAUUUUGGUGUGGAUUUUUGGAGUACCUUUUGUUGGGGCCACCUUCGCUGCCAGUUUUGAACAACUGGGACCCGCAGGAGCUUUUUGCUUUUUUGACGGUGUGAAGGGUGUCAUUGCCAAUAUAUGCUUCACCACAGUCCCUUUGACCCUGAUAUUGUUAAUGAACACCAUCCUGUACCUUCUCACGUGGACCCGCAUCAGAUCAGACACGGAACGUAUCAAGCACACGAUUGGUCAAAAGUCUGUCACCAUGCGCAUGGCUCAUAAUGCCGCGCGCAAUAUGACCUUUUUUGUUGCGGCAUUUUUCGUCCAAUGGUGGGCCUUUGCAAUCUACGGAGUAUGGGCUCUUGUUGAUCACGUUCCACAAAUUUUGUUUCAAUUUGUCACAAUUUUUAACAACCUCGGAGGUGUAGUUAACCUGGUCGUGUACAUAUUUAUAAGAAAGCACUCUGAAAUCGCUCCACAGCCUUCUACCAACGAAAGCACGGUAAAAACCUCUGCCUAA